ACCGGAAGCAGCUGCGGGCCGCUCUGUGGUGUUUGUAGCGGGAUAACGUACCGUGGGUUCCGGAUUCUCCUCCCGAACCGGUGAAAGUGGCGCUGGAUACAUGGAGGCCCUUGCACAUGACCCGGAUGGCAGGGAACGGGCCAGUUAUCCCGGGGCCGCUGCCUUGGAAGCCGGGGAUACGGGGGCCCCUGGGGCCGGGGAUAAUGGGCAAGGGGGGAGCGCUGCCGGGGAACCUCCCAGUACCGGGGGCCCGACCGAUACUGCCAAUGGGGCCCCCACUCCAGGGCCCGGGGUUGCUGAGAGGGGUGGGGGUGAGGGGGCCGGGGGCAGCGAGGGCCCCAAGAAUGUUUGUUCCAGGGGGGUCAGGGAUAGCCAUGAGGGGCUUGGGGGCCACAGGCAUGAGAGUUCCUCUUGUACAGGGACCAGUGCAGAAACCCAACGGGAUUCCAGGCCCACCCAGGGGCCCAAUGAUAGCCAGUCCCAGGGGCCCAAUGAUAGCCAGUCCCAGGGGCCCAAUGAUAGCCAGUCCCAGGGGCCCAAUGAUAGCCAGUCCCAGGGGCCCAAUGAUAGCCAGUCCCAGGGGCCCAAUCAUGCCCAAUCUGAGGGGUCCCAUGUUACCCAAUGCAAGGGGCCCAAUGAUAGCCAAUGCCAGGGGCCCAAUCAUGCCCAAUGCCAGGGGCCCAAUCAUGCCCAAUGCCAGGGGCCCAAUCAUGCCCAAUCUGAGGGGUCCCAUGUUACCCAAUGCCAGGGGCCCAAUAAUACCCAAUCCCGGGGGGCCAAUAAUGCCCAAUCCCAGGGGUCCCAUGUUACCCCCAAGGGGCCCGAUAAUAGCCAAUCCCAGGGGCCCCAUGUUACCCAAUCCCAUGGGGAGGGGCAGUCCAGCUCCUGGACCAAUGAGGAUGAACACUCCAAUGCUUCUGGGGCCAGCACCCCCAAGGAAUCCAGUUCACCCAGGGGCAUCAGUUCCACGGGCCCCGAUUCUGCAGGGGCCACUCCAGAGAAACAACCUAGUCCCAGGCCCAGUUAUGGGGAGAUUGCCUCAAGGACUCCCAGUAAGGAUGGAGGCUCUGGCUGCAGUGCGCCCAGGGACAGUCCCAUGGAGGGGCCCGAUGAUGCCAGGACCACAGAAUCCUUUAAGAAACCCAUCUUUGCUGCCCGCCCGAGUGGCACUGAAAAGGCAGCUCAGCCAAGGGACAAACCAGUCGUCCAUUCACAGCCUUCGGCCCCAACUUGCAGCAGGACCCCCAGCGCUGAAACGCCCACGGAUGGCAAUGCCAGGCUUCCCUCUGAUGCCUACCGAACCUGCCCUGCCAUUCCCUAUAGGGAACCUCCAUGGUCAGGCCUGCCCGAGGCCCUUUACUGCUUGGAGAUCCUGAAAGGGGGGAGCAUUGUGUCGACUAAGAACCUCGGCAAUGUGAGCUGGACUGUCUUUGGCAGACUCCCUUCCUGCCACGUCUCCCUGGAGCACCCUUCUGUUUCCCGCUACCAUGCUGUUCUGCAGUACCGUCACGUUCAAGGUUCUGGCCCAGAUGAAGAACCGGGAUUUUAUGUUUAUGACUUGGGCAGCACUCAUGGAACCUUCCUGAACAAGCAGAGGAUUCAGGCGAAAACGUAUUGUCGUAUUCGGGUGGGACACGUGCUGAAAUUUGGGGGAAGUACGCGCCUCUUUAUACUGCAGGGCCCCGAGGAGGAUCAGGAGGAGGAGUCAGAUCUCACAGUCACUCAGAUAAAAGAAGCACGGCGGCAGAGGGAGAGCCUGCAGAAGAGGAUGCUGGGAGAUGAUUCUGAUGAAGAAGAAAGUUCAGAAGACGGCAAGAACGUGAAGGAACCGGGGAGCCUGGGGGAUGAUGGGGGCUGUAUGUGGGGAAUGGGCGAGGAUGCGCUCCAAGAGGAUAAUGAGGAAAACCCAAUUGCAGCUGAGUUUCAGGAAGAGAAGGAAACUCUGUACUUAAAGAAUCCCAAAAAAGCUCUCCAGGGCUUCUUCGACAGAGAAGGGGAAGAGCUGGAAUAUGAGUAUGAGGAGCAGGGCCCCAGCACGUGGCUGUGCAGAGUCAAGUUGCCUGCAGAUGAUGCUUCAGGGAAGCAGUUAGUGGCAGAGGCUGUGCAUUCUGGGAAGAAGAAGGAAGCGUCAGUGGUGUGUGCGCUGGAAGCCUGUCGUAUGCUGGAGAUGAGAGGGCUGCUGCGCCAAGAGGCAGUGGCUCGCAAGCGGAAAGCCAAAAAUUGGGAGGAUGAGGAUUUCUAUGACAGCGACGACGACACCUUCCUCGACCGCACAGGGCUGGUAGAAAAAAAGAGGCUGAACCGCAUGAAAAAGGCCGGGAAGAUUGAAGAUAAACCAGAAACUUAUGACUCCCUGGUUGUCAAGUUAAACGCUGUUGAAAAGGAGCUUUGUGACAUUGCCGCCAAGCUGCAGACAUCCCACGCAGCUGAAUCGCAGGGCUCGGCUCAGGACUCCCUCGAUGCCUUCAUGACAGAAAUAAAAUCGGGGGCUGCACUCGAUGGCGUCGCCCGCAAAAAGCUCCACUUGCACUCUUUUGAGCUGAAGAAGGAGCAGCAGAGACUGAAAGGGCUGAUAAAGAUUGUUCAGCCGACAAAACUUCCGGAACUCAGUCUGGCUGCAUCAGACUCCAAGACCAAGAAACCUGCUUUGCCCAUGUUUGGAGCUAUGAAAGGAGGAAGCAAAUUUAAACUGAAAACUGGAACAGUUGGGAAACCGGCUCCCAAGCGAACAGACCUUCCCGAAAGCUUUUUUAAUAUGAAAGGCGAUGAGAACGAGGUGGAAGAAGAAGAUGAGGAGGAAGAAAUGCAGGUGGAAAGUAAAGAGGAGACUGCAAAGGGGGAUUCUAGGGAGAAAACUGACCAAGGAUCCCCUAUAAAACCUUCCUGCUCACCCCCUUCCUCUGCUGUAGCUAAGCCUGUUCCAGAUAUGGAAGAAGAACUUCCCCAUUCGGCACCAAAGAACCCCGAAGGUUCAGAGCCAGACGAUGAGUCUCCAGCCCCCUGCAAAAGCAAAGCCCAAGUGUCCCAGAAGGAAGCCAGCAAACACAAAGAGGGGGCAGUUAAGCAGAAGAAGAUGCAUGGCCCAAGCAGGCCCCCUGUAGGCGCCCAGCCCACCCGCUACCCGGAGGAUGACCCGGAUUACAGCGUAUGGAUGCCUCCUACAGGUCAAACAGGUGAUGGGAAAACGCAUCUAAACGAGAAAUAUGGCUACUGACCCCCCCCCCCGGCCGAAAUAUCAUCGUAACGGUGGGAUUCGCCCGUUUGUUGGUGGCAGAGCAAGGACAGGGGGGCGGCUGGGGGCUUCCUACACCCUUAGUCUAAUAAUACACGGGCCCUGGGGGAGCUGUAACCAUGUCUCCCGUGUCUGUAGCCGCAUAGUUGCCCGUGUCUAGAUCCGCCCAUUGGCCGCGUGCAGCUGAAGUGCAAGCUCUGUGGCCUUCACCCUGCGUAUUGUGGUGCCUUCAGCCCCACGGGGCACAGAAUAUUUCUGCAUAAGCACCCAGGCUGUUCUGUUAUCUGCGUGGGCCCAUUCGCUGGGAGAGAACCAGUAACGUAUAGACGGGAAGCGCUUACUUAGAGUUAAGAAGAAAAUCCAUGUUUUUGGGGAUAUUUCUCACCCUUGUGUCUUCCCUAAAUUCACUUUCUUUGUUUUAUGCUUUUCCAACCUCAAACCCGGGCCCUAAUUAACUCAGGGUUAAACAUAAAGACCUUUGGCCUGGCCUACAGCAGCCAAUCAGAUAGCGGUGUCCGUUUCCUGGCUGCUGCUAACCAGUAAAAGUUAACUGCUUUUUGAUAGGUUGCUAUGGGUUACAAGGACCCCAGGCAGUUUGGGUUUAAGCAUGACCCUGCAAGAAGUCAAUGAGACCCUGCAUACAAUGCUGCUAUGGAAACCGGGGUCAGAAUGAGCCAAUAGCAGUAGUUUCGCAGGUAUUUGGGGGGAGGGGGAAUGUAACCCAUGGCUUUUAUAUUAGGGUGUAGUUUAUAUUCCCCACAGACCCCCCCGUUAUACGUUGGUGUGAAUAUUAACGUUUGUGAUGUUUGGGGCUUUUUUUAUUAUAAUUAUUAUUAUUUUCACCCCCCCUUGUACAAUUCAGAAGCUGUAAAUACCAAAUAGUUUGUAGUCUGGUUUAUAAAAUAACAUUAAAAAAAAACCUUGCGAA